AUGAAAAUGAUGUUCGACAUUCUCAAUAGCAAGGAAGACUGGGCUGUGUUAAUUAAAAAUAGAGUGCUCAGAUCUUAUGGUUGCAUCCGAUAUCACAUUUUCUCUUCCAUAUGGACUAGCGCGAAGGAUGAUUUCGGUACUAUCAUUACUAACACUUGCUGGGACCUUGGCUCCGGUAAAAAUGUUAGGUUUUUGAUGGACUCUUGGUGUGGUGCCCCUCUCCUUGAGGACACUAACAUUGAAGAUCUGACUGGCAACGGUAUUGAUCCGCUCAUUAAAGUCUCAGAUAUGUCGGCAAACAGCCAAUGGUGCAUCCCGCAUAAUUGGUUUACUUGGUUCCCUUUUCUUACUUCUAGGCUGCUGCACCUUAAGGCUCUCUCGGUUGAGGCUGUAGAUUCUAUGGGCUGGAAGCAUAGCAUGACGGGUGUGCUGGAGCUGAAAGAGGCUUACCGUUUUGUUUACGGUGAUUUCCGGUAA